AUGCAUGUCGUGCGAAUGGAGAAUAACUCGAGGCGAAGUAAAAAUUUUGAACAACUCACACACAGUGGGCUUCGAAUCGUCGACGUUAGCACGGUUGAGAACGAUGAGCAGAGGCAAAAGUCUCCGUCACAAGCCGAUCUAGCACCUAUAGAAUACUAUCAGCAGUGGGAGGUAGCUAUUACUGGUGUUGCAGAGUACCACGCAAUUCUGACGGUACCACCGACAGUCUUCGAGAUUCGGCAGCGUCCAUCACAUCAAGCAUCCUCGAAUAUAGACACAUCAACGGCCGGCCCUUCCAACAGUCGAAAAAAACAGAAUAUUGACGACUGGAAAAAGUUAUACCGUCAAGCAUUUACCCACGUACGGUCAGGAGGCUGGGUCGAAAGUGUUGAGAUCGACAUCGAAACACACAGCGAGAACCCCAAGAUCGAGAAGGACGAAAGCCAUAUUUUCAAGAAAUGUUGCAAACUAUUCUUUGAACGCGGCCGUAAAACUGGUCGAACUUGGGAGAUUGCGCGGGAUGGUCGUCAAGAGGAGUAUAUGCGAGAAGCAGGAUUUACAGAUUUAUUUUCCAAAUCGUGGAAGCUGCCAGUUGGAGGUUGGCCUCAAGACAAGAAGCUGAAACAGAUUGGUCUCUAUAAUGGAGCUUUUAUUGACUACUCCGUCGACGCUUUCGCCAUCUUCCCAGUUGGAGAGAUCCUGGGUUGGUCGAAAGAGGAGGUUACGGUUCUGGUCAGCCAGAUGCGAAAGGCACUCAGGGAGCCAAGAGCGCUGCCCUAUUUUAAUCCUGGUCAUAUGUCAGUACCACCAAAUUUGCUACGACUUACUUCCCUGGCUCGUCCAAGGACUUCAUCGUACAAAAGUACAGAUAACCGAAGAGCACCCAUGAUCUUCAACUUGCUGGAGACAGGGACACUCAGUUUCUAUGCCGAGACUACUGCUGUGUAG